GGUCGGCUUCCGUGUCAAUCAGCGACGACGGCUUGGGAUCUUCCUGUCUGAACUCGCCGCUGUGUGUGGAGUGCUCUGCAGCUCCGAUAGAGGCAGAGCUAAGGCGUGAAGGUCCCCCUCCUAGCACAAUGGUCUUAGGAUUUUAGACUAGAGCGUUCGCGUCCCUACACUGCAAAGGAGGAAAGAGAGUCGUUCCCAUUCGGCGAGACUGCGAGAGGAAACAGGUGCUGGGGAAUUAUAGCAACACAAUAAAGAAAUUCUUCAGGACCUUCAGAGAAAUUGAAAAGGAUUUAAAACAUUGCAUUAUUCUCUGAAUAUAGGCACAAUAAAACAUAAGAAAUCCUUAUCACAGAAAGCAAAAUGUCAUUGUCGGGGAGAGACAUCAGCGGAGCUCAGCAUGCCCAAUGUGUUGGACCGUAUCGCCUUGAAAAAACGUUGGGGAAAGGACAGACAGGUCUGGUGAAGCUUGGGGUCCACUGUGUAACGUGUCAAAAGGUCGCAAUAAAGAUUGUCAACCGGGAGAAGCUGAGCGAGUCCGUUCUAAUGAAGGUGGAACGAGAGAUCGCCAUUCUGAAGCUCAUAGAACACCCUCAUGUUUUAAAGUUGCACGACGUCUAUGAAAAUAAGAAAUAUUUGUAUUUGGUACUAGAGCACGUUUCUGGAGGCGAACUUUUCGACUAUCUGGUAAAAAAGGGAAGACUAACGCCCAAGGAAGCCCGAAAAUUCUUCCGACAAAUCAUCUCUGCGUUAGAUUUCUGCCACAGCCAUUCAAUAUGCCACAGGGACUUGAAGCCUGAGAACUUGUUGCUCGAUGAGAAGAACAACAUCAGAAUAGCAGACUUCGGCAUGGCCUCCCUUCAGGUUGGAGACAGCUUGUUGGAAACCAGCUGUGGGUCCCCUCACUAUGCAUGUCCAGAAGUAAUUCGGGGGGAGAAGUAUGACGGGCGAAAAGCAGAUGUCUGGAGCUGUGGGGUCAUUCUCUUUGCACUUUUGGUGGGUGCCUUGCCAUUCGAUGACGACAAUUUGAGAAAUUUGCUGGAAAAGGUGAAACUGGGGGUGUUCCAUAUGCCACACUUCAUCCCGCCAGACUGCCAGAACCUCUUGCGUGGCAUGAUAGAGGUGGACGCCACGAAACGAUUGACGCUAGAACAAAUUCAGAAACACACAUGGUACAUAGGGGGUAAGAACGAGCCAGAGCCCGAGCAGCCCAUCCCACGCAAGGUGUCUAUCCGCUCGCUGCCCUCCGCGGACGACAUCGACCCCGACGUGCUGGAGAGCAUGCACUCGCUCGGCUGCUUCCGUGACAAGAACAAGCUCAUGAAGGACCUGCUGUCCGAGGAAGACAACCAGGAGAAGAUGAUCUACUUCCUCCUUCUCGACCGGAAGGAAAGGUAUCCGAGCCACGAGGAUGAGAAUCUACCACCUCGCAAUGAAAUUGAUCCCCCUCGGAAGCGAGUAGACUCCCCGAUGCUGAACAGACACGGCAAGAGGAGGCCGGAGCGGAAGUCUAUGGAGGUGCUUAGCGUGACGGACGGAGGCUCCCCUGUGCCAGCGCGGCGAGCCAUUGAGAUGGCACAACAUGGGCAGAGUAAGGCUCUGUUCAGUAAAAGCUUGGAUAUCUCUGAUGCCAAUCCCAAAUACAGCAAAGAAGAAAGGUCACGAUCAAUCAGUGGUGCAUCCUCUGGCCUCUCCACCAGCCCUCUCAGCAGCCCCAGGCCUAUCAGAAAGUUUUUUAUUCCUCCCCAGACUCCCAACCUUUCCUUCUCCCCCCGCUCCUGCCCCACCUCCUCCUUAGACCCCGAUCCCAGCAGGACUGUCUCCCGCACCCCCAAUUCGCUGCAACCAAAGACAGGGCCUCCUCAGCCCAACCCAAAGACUCAAACCCUUCCCGCAAAAAACAAACUGGCCGAAAAGCCUUUGCAGUCCACCAGAUCCAACCCACUUCCUGCUGCCGCUUCCACUCCUAUUCCCGCCAACUCAGAACCCACCACCCCUUCCCAGCAUCCCCCUGCCCCCAGCAGCCAAGUGCGCCACCCUCCACUUACGGCCCCUCCACAACUCUCCAUCCCCUCUGUCCAGGUGACCCCCCUGUCUCCUCUCAGGCUGCACCACCACCACUCUGCUGCCGGUACUGAUCCAAACACCAAAUCUAUCCCCGUCAUACAGGUGACCCCUCACCCCUCCCCUAGGGGGAGUCCUCUCCCUACCCCCAAGGGAACGCCAGUCCACACGCCCAAGGAGAGCCCGGCCAGCACACCCAACCCCACGCCGCCCUCCAGCCCCUCCAUUGGUGGGAUGCCAUGGCGGACACGCCUCAACUCCAUCAAGAACAGCUUUCUGGGAUCGCCCCGCUUCCACCGCAGGAAACUGCAAGUACCUACACAAGAGGAGAUGUCCAGCCUCACUCCAGAAUCUUCCCCUGAACUUGCCAAAAAAUCCUGGUUCGGUAACUUUAUCAACCUGGAGAAAGAGGAACAGAUUUUUGUGGUCAUCAAGGACAAACCAUUGAGUUCCAUCAAAGCAGACAUUGUACACGCCUUUCUUUCGAUUCCCAGUCUCAGUCACAGUGUCAUAUCACAAACAAGUUUUCGGGCAGAGUACAAGUCAACUGGAGGCCCCACGGUGUUCCAAAAGCCUGUCAAAUUCCAGGUUGACAUCACAUACACAGAGGGCAACGAAGCACAAAAGGAGAACGGAAUCUACUCGGUCACCUUCACACUGCUGUCAGGACCUAGCCGUCGUUUCAAGCGAGUGGUAGAAACGAUCCAGGCCCAGUUAUUAAGCACACACGACCAGCCUUCAGUCCAGCAGCUGUCCGACGCCACCCACUGUAUGGAGCUGCUGACUGGCAGGCUUUCCAAAUGUGGCAGCCCAUUGAGUAACUUCUUUGAUGUAAUUAAACAACUUUUUUCAGACGAGAAGAACGGGCAGGUUGCCCACCAGCCUGGUACUCCCACCAAGCAUGGCCCUAACAGCAAGAGACAUGAACCCGAUGCUAAUGACUUUGGCUCUAAAUGCCCGACAGGCAAAGACAAGGCAAAGAUGGUGGCAUCUAUUGAGACACAGGAUUCACCAUAAAAAUAAAAAAAAUCAAUAAAAACAAUUUAAUUAUCUAUUGAAAGCUAGUUGCUUGUAAUACUAGAUGUAAAUAAGACUACUUCGUUAAAUUUUUGUAUGACGGAAUGACUGUGUAUGUGUAUAUAACUAAAUCAAAGAUUUAAAAAUAGAAGUAGCACGCGCAGACACACACCCCUUUUACCCCUUCACAAACAGCAUUUUUACCCCAGUAUUUUUUCAUUAUUAUUUUUUUUUGUAUCUUCUGUUCUCCUUUUAUGAUGACUUGACUUGUUUCCACUGCCAGGAAUUGUCCAGAAAAGUUAUUAAGUUCCAACCCCGGUCGAGCUGCUGUGUGCUGCGGAUAUUUGUUGACGGAAGGCCCUUUUCAAGGCAAGUAAGCAAACCAAGGAGCCAGUGACCUUUGACCCCACCCUAGGAAAAUCCCAACUACCCCCCCCCCCCUUUCCUCCCUCCCUCCCUCCCUUUACACUGAUCAAUCAGAGCUUCGAAGCAAGGAUGACCACUGGGAACAAAGAGCCUUAAGACAACAUUUGUCCACGACGACACAGAGAACUGAGGGGUUUACAAAAACAAAACGGACAGAGGAAUUGGUAAUAAAGCACCAUCUUGGACGUCUGCUGGAUUGGAUUGUUUCAUUUUUAAAUGUAGGACUUCAUGAACUUCUGGGUUUAAACACUUUGUUGGACUUUAAAUGCCAUUGCUGCAGAGAACUGAACUUUUGGGGGGAGGGUGUUCCGAAUUGAAUGAUCCACCUUGUUGUACAGAUCUGUUUCUUCUGUAUAAACUGUCUCUAGUAGUGACAUUUUGUUUAGUUGUAGGGGAAGGUUUAAACAUUGUGUUGCCAGAUAUUGUGUCCCACCUGUAUUUAUUAUUUAUUUAUUUAUUUAUUUCACCCUUUUAGUGUAUUCUAUAAUAUAUAUUUGGGUUUAUUAUGUUUGAUUAUUCCUUUUCUUUUUUUCAUUUUGAACAAGCUACUCUUUUUCAACUGUGCUGUGUUGCAUCUUUUGGCUGGGAAUUUACCACAAAUACUGAUGUAUACUUUUAGAUAUAAUUGUGGAUAUUUUUGUAUCUUCCUUUUUUUUGUUUCUUAAUUUAUCAAGUCUUGAUUAUUUAUAUAAAAUAAAUAUGUUGGGAGAGACUAUGUUAUAAAAUUAUGUUGGCUCAACGCAGGUUUAUUUAAAAAAAAAAAAAAAAAAAAAAAAAAAUUAAGUUAAUUUAUCAGAGCUAUGUGAACAACGAUGGAGAUAUUUCUUUCUUUCCUGGCUUCAAGAAAAAAAACAAACGUGUAGUAUAUGUUUAAAAUGAUAAUUUACCAGUACUUUAAGGAUGUAGACUAGUCUCUGUGUCUGGAAUUGAUUACCUUCUAUUGAUAUUUGUUAGUUUCAUAUCAUUGUGUGUGUACAGUACUACAGGUUAAAAAAAGAAAUACAAAAUACAAAAAAAACCAACAACCUUGAACUACUUUUCUUGUAAAUAGAUUCAUUCGGACAAUGACCUUUGACCUUCCAGAAUAAAAGGGGAUUCCUGUGCUCUGACUUAUCUUGUAUUACCUUCUGCAUGUUGAACAUGACCUUUUCUUUGCAUGGUGUUGCUGUAAUUGUUCCAUAAUGCUCUGUCUCCUUUUCCUUACUCCUUUCUUUCUUUCUGUCUUCCUCCCCCCUUUCUUUCUGUAUCACUCUUCCUCUAUCUUUCUUUCUCUCGUGCACAAAUUUUAAAAUGCUUCCUUUACACUGUACCUCUAAAAGAAAGGCUUGGAUUAUAAAAAUAAAAAAGUUAUAUAUAUAUAUAUAUAUAUAUAUAUAUAUAUAUAUAUAUAUAUAUAUAUAUAUAUAUAUAUAUA